UAUCCUGCCCGGCGCGAAGCGGCGCGUUUUCUCGAGCGGCUGCGGUGUCCUGGGGCACUCAUUACCGCUUCCUAUCCGGCGCAGAGUCCGGCGGCGAGGUAAUUGCGGAAAAGACGGCGAGGCUAUUUUGAGGCUGUCCAGGAGUUGCAGACGGAGUUCCCUGGCGUUUCAUGUCAAAUGCUUGUUCGCUUAUCGCGGCGCCUCCGCUGUACCUGCAUGCCGUCAGCCCGUCAGUGGCACAGGCGCUUGCAAGCGCGUAGUGCUCCCAAUGUCAAUUGCACGACGACAGCCAGUGGAAAGGGUCUACGAGGGCUGCGACAUAAAAUUACGAGCAUCUACUCGUCUACUAGCGGCGCGCGAGGACCUGCAGCUGUUUGCGCUCCGGGCGAUCGGCGGCAGGGCGGCUUGUUUCCUGGUCGUUCCGCCAAUCAAAGCGGAGCCAAGGAUAGGAACUCCUUAAUCUGCACGACCAUGGCCUCCCGCCUCCAACGGCACAUCUCAAAACGCAGCCCUGCCCACCGCUCCCUCUCCCUUUCUCCCCGCGAGAGUCCGCUCAUUCACCAACCGACCCAGUCACUCCUUCUCCAUCGCAGUCGCGUCUGGCAUACGCGCUCGACUACACACUCAUUUUUCAAGUCUACAGUUGCGAACUGACCGUCACCAUGUAUUCAAUUGCUCUUUCUGCCGUCGCCCUGCUCGCGGCUCUCCCGACAACUCUGGCGCAGACGCACACCACCUGUAACCCUCUCAACACCACAUCAUGCCCUAAUAUGCCAGCUUUGGGAGGUAAGAGGCAACCUUGGAAUCUCAUGGCACGAAUGCUGAACUCUUGGAGGCAACGCCACAUUUGAGUUCAAUGCCACCAGUGGGGGCAUGAAUCCCAACA